CGAACGUCGCGUCACCCACAGCCGCUGAAUUCCCGCAUCGUGAGGAUCCACCACCAGCCACAUUGCUCGUCGACCACCGAGGGAAACCGACGAGGGGAUCGAUCGUGACCGACGGCUUUGUCUCGAUCUUGUUGACUUUCCGCAUGGAACAUAAGGACUACGCCACCGUGUCGUACGACCAGUCGGCAGUUACGUGUACUUUAUCGAUGCCCGGCGAUCUUCGUGUCAGCAUAUCGGGAAGAGGUCAUUACGAAGUUUCAAUGGGGAGCGAAGUUAAUCUGAAGGUUACAUCCGGCAAACGGACGGAUCAUGAUAGAACUGAAUUACCGCGGAGUACUUAUUCGUUUCCGCACAACUGGCUGUUCCCCUUUGGCAAAGGAGGUCGUCGAGUUCUCUCUACGAAAAGAACGCGGAACGAAGUUUCAGCAAGGCAGAAUGAGCAGCCGUUGCCCAAGUUAUUACGGGUGCGCGUUUUCUUCGGCAUUAAAGAAGCGGACCGAAGCGUCCUGAUCGAUAUACAGAGAGCCAUGGGACGCUAUUGGAUAUCCGUGUUCCGUGAUGGUGACAAAUGUCGGCUAUUUUACGCGAGCAGUCGACUCGACCAAGUUGAAAAUGAUCACGAGAGUUCGGAGAACGGCCUACCACGAGAGCUGGCUCUCGGCCUUAGGGGAAGUAUCGACGCUCAGACGUACGUUGGGGGCCUUCGGAGUAAGCUCAUUAAACUGAGCGCGGGAGCUCGGCGACAGCCGAGCCGUCUUGCGGAGUUACUUCGACAAAGAGGCUUCGAGAAUGAGGAGUAUGAGUGGUAUAAACAGUGCAUGAGGAAACGGAUUAUUGCACCGUACUUUCGGAACAUCGCUGAUUCGUGUCACCUGUUACUAAAGGAUCUCGUCGACGAAGCGGCACGCGUAUCGAGAAAUCUCCCGCACGCCGCGGAAAGUAAACUUAUUAAUCUAUAAAUAAAUGAAAACCUAAAUGUAUUUAUUUCGUCUGUUCACGAUGACGAGGAAGAAUGGUUUAUCAGAAUUUAAUUUCAAAUAAAAUUCGAAACUGAGUUUCAUCGUAUCGCAUCGCAUCGCGGGACUCACAUGCGCGUGUAAAUUUUCUCACGUGGCGAAGAUACAGUUUCUCCCGACAGACUCUAAUCGCGAAUAAAGCUUGAGUCGAAAAUUUUAGUUCUACAUUAAUCCUACAAGUUCUGUUGAACUUGAAGGUUCAAUGAAGAACACAAUAUUAUGAGAUACUCUUACCUUGAUGCUGCAAAUUACUCUCUGCUGUCAUCAUGAUGAAAAAACUCGAUGAAAUACUCGUUCAAGAAUUAUUUAACACAUUCGAUUAUCUCAAUAUAUUUUUUUUCUCAAUAUAUUUUGGUUUUCCAAUACGAGUAUUCAAAUUUUCAACAUAAAAUAUAUACACAUAUAUUGAAUAUAUGCAUACAUUUUGUUACAAGUUUAAAAUAUAUGUAUAUUUAUAUAAAGUUUGAAACAACAGAAAUAUUCAGUAUGACGUACGUGUACGAAAAUUGGUAUUUUUACUUUAAUUGAAUCUUUAGACUGUGGUCUGCUUGAAACAUCCGCGAUUCGACGAUGAAAUUUCCCGAUAUUUUCUAAAAAAUGACGAGAUCCAGAGACGCACGAUACGAUCAAAACCGUUCUUUCGUUCUGUGGAGAAAAAGUCGGAAGAAUUAAGCGCCCGAAUGCAUCGAAUGCACAAAACCAACACUUGCAACUCUGCCAUUCGUGCUGCACGGUGGCGGAAAAAUUCCAAAAAAGACACAUUGUGCAAACCCCGGAAGAGGUAACCCUCGGCUGUCAAGCGGUUCGAAUCAACUAUUAUUCAAAAAAUCCCGUGUCCUUCAUCAAAUACUCCUCUCCACUUGGAUGUAAUGUUCAAUUUUACGUUAAUUGGCAAAUAGAUAUACACGCAAUUGGAAGUAAGCAAAGCGUGUACUGUGUUCGUACAAUGAUGUACGUUAUUCGGUGAUUUUUCAACUAGGAACGAGAUCAAAAGAUGAAUUGUAGGUGUCCUUAGCAUCUAAAAAGGGUCUUAAAUCUUAAAUCUUAAAAGGGUCAGGACCUACUUUAUGCAAACUCCUUCGAUGCAUCUUUUUCCGCGAGGGAAAUGUCGAAAAAAUUGUAUGCAUUCGAUGCAUACAAACCACUCGCCAAUUGCCAUUCACAGUAAUUGCACCACUCGGGCGAAAAAUCUCAAAAAACGUAUACCGUUUGUGCAGAAAAGUUAAGGAUCCUCGGCCAUUGAACGGUUCCGAUCAACCAAUUAUUUAACAAAGACCCGUGCUUUUCUUUAAACUCUCCUUCCCACUAUUUGUGUUACGCUCUCCCGUAGUUUAAAACUGCGCGCCUCAGCAGAGCGGCCUGUACUCUACCAUAUAAUUUGGUCUGCCAUAAAAAUAUCCCUCCGUUUUAUAGAAAUCAUAACGUAAUUAAUAAUGAGCGAAGCGUGGCAUUACCUCAUGUUAGUAUAUUAAUUUGCAAAUAUGCAUUCGAGCCUGGCAAUUGGCGAAUAUGGCUGUAACGUGAAAACGCGGGAACGAUACGUGCUGCAAGUGUUAAUUAUUAUUUCACCGCGAAUUAUCUACGUACGAUUGUCUCAAAAUAUUUUAUCAGAAUCUUUAAUUUCGCAUCGGCAAUGUAUUAAUUGUAUAACUAAUUUUGUAAAUGUGAAAUAAUAUAAUAAAUGCAAACUGACAAUUAAUGAAAGAUCAAUGAAGCUGUAAUUAUAUACUAAAUGAUGAUAUACUAUAAAUAUCGGCUAAAUUCGACUCGAGCAUUUCUUUAUUCUCGAUAGGUUCGUUAAAAACGGAUACCCGCUGUAUAAUAAAUGACACACCUCGAAAUCUAUGAUGUAUCGCUGUCCACGUCACGGUGCCCUCCACCUUGGCUUCUGGACCUGCAUCUUGGUUGCUCCGUCGUGGCACUUGCACUGACACUCGCGCAAGUACAAUUUGAUCGGAGAAUUGUAUGUUAAUGAACGCGACGAGAUGAGAGUCCGAUUAAAUAAUUCAAGAGUCUACGAAAUAUUUUAAUCAAUCAAUGGAAACGAUAAAUAAUACACCGACACAGUACAUGCGUGCCGCUCUUCGACUCAAGACGCAAUGAUAACAUCUGUAACAGCGCACGCGACGCUUAAAAAUCCAGUACGUUUGUUUUGAUUACUCGAUGUUCGGUUCUGAACGACGCUGUGCGGUGAUUUAAAUUGACUGUUGGAAAUAAAUUUUUACCCUCUGUUUUGAAAUCGUCGCGUAACGCGUAUUACCCUGUUACCCUGCGAACCCCUCAUUCAUAUUACUACGUUUUGCGCAGAAUAUUUCGUCGACUCUUGAAAUGUUUUUAAUAGGA